GUGACGACCCCUCAAUGGUUGAAUUCAACUCCUCCCUUUUUAUAAUAUUUCCCAUACUGCAUUGCGGUGAAUUAUGGACCAAAGUGACAAUGACCUGCAAGGCACGGACGGCUCGGGGAGUCUUGGGGGCCCUGAUGUCCGCAGACGCAUCCCCAUCAAACUCAUCUCCAAACCGACCAUCAGGAGCAAACCUGUUCCCCGGACACAAAGACCCAUGGGCAGGCUGCCCUCCAAACCCCAGGCUGGGGAUGAAGAGAGUUUUAGCUUCAAGCAAGAGGAGAGGUUUGACUGUGGUACCAAGGCUGGGGAUGUGUUUGCAAGUCAACGGAGGUUCCCCCAGCAAAUGUUUUGGGACUUUAAGUUGAAUUUGAUAGGUGAAAAGGAUGACAUUCCAGCUCACUUUUGUGACAAGUGUGGUCUGCCCAUAAGGAUCUAUGGACGCAUGAUUCCAUGCAAACAUGUGUUCUGCUAUGAGUGUGCAUUGCUCCACGAGAAGAAGGGAGACAAGAUGUGCCCAGGUAUGCAGCUCUUCAGCUGCACAGACCUGGUCCAGCGCAUUGAACAGUGUCUGCGGGGUUCCCUGUACAUGUGCAGCAUCGUGCAGGGCUGCAAGCGCACCUACCUUUCCCAGCGUGACCUGCAGGCCCACAUCAACCACCGCCACAUGAGGGCAGCUAAGGCCUUGGCAAGCCGCCAGGAUGCCCUGCACCUUCCCACAUCCUCAGAUGUGCCUGACCGCUUCCGCGUGCCCCCGCCUCACCUGCCCAAGACCCAAGGGCACCUCCCACCCCCCCUCCAACACGGUGGUCAUGACCCCUACGGUCAGCCACCACCGGCUUCCCAUGAUGCGCCUCCUCUUGCCCAGGAGACCUUCCGCAUCGCCACGGUAACUACACGCGCACGCAGCAACCUCAUCACCGUGCCCAUCCAGGAUGACUCCGGUUCUUCCUCCACAUCUUCCUCCCGUGACCCUCUCCCUCCCGGCCCGGGUCCUGCUCCACCCCCACACCACCACCCCGGGGACUACGCUGGUCAGCCUGUAGUGUCCCACCCCCACCACAUGAUGGCGCCCCCACAACAGCACUAUGGCCCCCCUCCUCCUCCCCCUCCACCCAUCAACCACCCCAUGCAGCACCCGCCCCAGGGCUCUGGGACAUCUCACAUGGUGUACAACCAGGCAGGCCCUCCCCCACCUAUGUCCAACGCACCCCCUCCCAUUACCCCCCCGCCAGGACACAUCAUGGGUCAGAUGCCCCCCUACAUGAACCACCCUCCUCCAGGCCCCCCACCUCAACAUGGUGGUCCUCCAGUCAACGCCCCCCCUCCCCACCACUACAACCCUAACUCCAUGCAGCAGUUCCCUGAGGAUCAGGGCACACUCAGUCCACCUUUUAACCAGCAAGGGGGUCUGAGCCCUGGGAUGUGGCCUGCCCCUAGAGGGCCGCCUCCUCCACGAAUGCAAGGCCCCCCACCUCAGGGCCAGAUGCCUGGACCCCAUCACCCCGAUCAGUCCCGCUAUCGCCCUUAUUAUCAGUAAACUCUCAACUCCCCACAAAGUCAGGGGCAUUGUUUGACUUGUCCCCAUUUCUCUCCACUGGUUUGAAUAAUGUGAACAUGAGUCUCUGGGUUCUGUACGACUGUUAAUUCUAUAGAAACACUUUAAAGAGACUGGUCUAUGGUGAAUGUAUGUAUGUAGCUGCUCACUUGAAUUGAUAUGAACUUUUUGGACUGUCAAAUGAGCAGCGAUACAUUUUGAAUCGCUCCUGUGUUGGUCACCAAUGGACAUUGUAUCUUGAAAAAUUUUGGUUUGAUGAUGUCUCAAUAAAUAUUUUCUAACAAAGA